AUGACUCGCGGCCUCUCUUUUACCUUAAUAUGCGGGCUGUCGACAUUUGCGAAUGCAGUAUCCCCAAACUCCGCGACAUGGUCCGGUCAGGCCUACGGACCCGAUGGUCCUUGGAACGCGGUGCUUGCCAAACUGGGGAGCAAUGAGCAAUUUGUGGCCCUCUAUCCCGGUGAUCGCUGGGCGAGCACCAUCCUUCUCGAUACCGUAUGCUCGACGCCUAAUCUAACGAGCUCCUGCCUCGCCGAAAAUGCCGGGACUUUCAAUAUCUCGCAGUCCUCUUCCCUCUAUAUCCCCUCCGAUAACUCCAACAAUACAAGUGACAUGACAUGGGUCUCGAGCGCAAAUGAUGCGAGUGUGAAUAAAUUUGGUGGUGUCGCUACCGUCAAAGCGGGCCAGCUUGGCGAUACGAUCUACUUCGCUGGGAUGAGUGUGCCCAAUGUCAGCAUUAAUGGUAUCUAUGAAGCCUACCAGACAUAUCCAAAUGGGAAUAAAUAUCCAGUGGAGGUUGGCACGUUAGCACUUGGCGGCCUCGCAAUGAAUCAGACGGUGGACAACGUCACCUAUAACAUGGUCGAGUCCUAUGCGUGGAGGACCGGCCAAAUUCCAUCCUACUCUUGGGGUAUGCAUAUCGGCGCGGCGGGGGCUUCAUAUAUUCCGGGCUCACUGGUAAUGGGAGGCUAUGACCAGGAUCGAAUUGUCGGUAAUGUCAGCAGUCAACCAGUGAAUACCACGAAUGAUCUUGGCACCCUCGAUAUUCCCCUUUUCGACAUCGGACUCGGUGUCGCCGCGGGUGGAUCUCCGUGGUCAUUCAAGAGCAAGAAUGGACUUUUCAAGCGAAGCAAUGGUACCAGCGAAAGCUCGGCCUCUGUGGAAAUCGACCCUACGAGACCAUAUCUUUAUCUUCCCCAGGAUACCUGUGAUGCCAUCGCGGAGCAGCUUCCCGUCACCUAUGAUGAAGGCUUGGGCCUUUACUUCUGGAACACCACUGUUGACAAAUUCAAGAAAAUCACCGACUCGCCAGCAUUCCUAUCGUUCACUUUUGAGAACAACGCGGGCGAAGAUUCAUCCACCCCCAACACGACCAUCAAAGUACCAUUCAACCUUCUCAAACUUACACUGGAAUCACCACUUGUGGAACAAAACACCACUUACUUUCCCUGCUACCCAUCGGACGACUAUGUGCUUGGCAGAGCUUUCCUACAGGCAGCCUUCCUGGGCACAAAUUGGCAACAUGGAAAUGGAACAGGCUACUGGUUUUUUGCUCAAGCUCCAGGCCCGAACAUACAGAGCGGCUCUGUUCAAACCAUCGGAGUCACCGACACCACCGUCACAGGUUCGUCAGAAUCAUGGGAAAGCACUUGGUCUGGAUAUUGGAAUGUUAUCCCGCCUCACGGUGGAGGCGGUCUAUCGCAGGGUGCAAAGAUUGGCAUUGGUAUCGGGUGUGGUGUUGCUGGUGCGGCUGCGAUCUGUGUCAUUGGACUCCUUGUCGCCCGGUGCAUGCGCAAGGGCAAGAACGUUGACCCUUCAGAGGAAGAAGCAACAGAGUUGACUCCUUCAAAUAACCAAACAGAGGUGGCUGGUCCACCUCCGGAUACCGCAGACACACAGAAUACCGCAGAAAACUCGGAGAAUACAAGUCACUCGGUGAAUGCAUUUGAGCAAAUUAGUGUAGCCAAUGCACCCGAGCAGACCGAUGGUCAUGAGGUUUAUGGCGGUGAUAAACCUCCCCCAUGGUCUCCGCCUCUACACCCAUUACCGGGACAGGCGCAACCACUGCCGGGACAUGAUCAACCAGUGCCAGGAUAUGAUCAACCAGUACAAAGUCGUGAUCAAAUAACACCGGGAUACGAUCAUUCAACACCAGGAUAUGAUAAUCCGACAUCAGAAUAUGAACAUACAACAACAACAGGGUUUGAACAUACAACCACCGGAUAUGAUCAUUCUGCCACAGGAUUUGAUCAUUCAACGACAGGGUUUGAUCAAUUCACACCUGGGUACGAUCAACCACUGGUGGGUCACGAUCACUCUACACCAGAGCAUGAUCCAACAAUACCAAGCUAUGAUAAUCCAAUGCCCGGGUACGAUCAACCACUGGUGGGUCAUGAUCAUCACUCUACACCGGAACAUGAUCCAACAAUACCAAGCUAUGAUAAUCCAAUGCCGGGGAUCGAUCUUGGCAGUGAUGAAGACCAUUACGGAGAUUAUAUGGCGCAUAUACCCUAA